AUGGCAAAGCAUCUCCCCUCUCCAACCCACUCCUUCACCAUCCCAUCUAUCUAUGACGGCAUCCAGCUCUCUUGUCGGAUAUAUCUCCCACAGCAACUAGUAUCAGAUUUGGCAAAUACUUCCCAAUGGCGCGUUCGGGGAGCCGUCGUCGCGCAUCCAUACGCUUCACUCGGGGGCUGUUAUGACGAUCCGGUCGUGAGCUUUAUCGGCGGAGAACUGCUUGACGCAGGCUACGUAGUUGGCACAUUCAAUUUUCGUGGCGCUGGUGAUUCUCAAGGGCGGACUAGCUGGACCGCGAAGCCUGAACUGGCAGAUUAUGUUUCGUUUUAUGGGUUCAUGCUGUUUUACUUGCGGUGCUUGAAUCUGGAGCUUGCCUCUCAAUCGGAUAAACGGAGUUCUGACGAAGCGAUCCACCUCAUACUUGGCGGUUACUCGUACGGGUCGCUACUCGCAUCUCACCUGCCAGGAAAUGAGGUUGUCGCGGAUCUUUUCAAGGACAGCAUACAAGGCAGUCCAGCCCACGGGAUUCUCCUCACAGCACAGACUGUCUGCGCAUUGUCAAAAGACGAUAUUCCACGAUCAACUCAACCCUCACCGAAUCCAGUUGCGCAGAGUGCAGGCCAAGAGGCAAAGGAUUUGCUACAAUCUUCUAGCACGGCAAUUUCAUAUCUUCUUGUUUCCCCGCUCUUACCUCCCAUCAACUUAUUUCUGACCUUGUUCCUGGAUCUAUCGUUGGAGGUGGACACUCGGGCAUCAGGGCAACGGAGACAUAUUCCUUGCCCCAAACCUGCAGAGCAGCUCUGCACACAUCGCACGCUCGCGAUUUACGGUGACGAGGAUACGUUUACCUCUGUGAGCAAGUUACGAAAAUGGUCAAGCGAGCUCAGUGCUGGGCCCCAAAGUCUAUUCACGUCAACUGAGAUUGAGGGAGCGGGGCAUUUCUGGAGGGAAGAUGGUGUCGAGCACGAGGCAAGACAGUCAUUGCGGACGUGGUUGAAUCGGUUGCCUUGA